AUGGCUUCUAAACGGAAGGCAUCGGCUAUGGCAUCGGCCGCACCGGAGGAGCCCGUUGAUCCUGCCGAUGAGCUUAUGUUCCUCUGUUUAGGUGGCGGCAACGAGGUCGGCCGAUCCUGCCAUAUCAUCCAGUACAAAGGGAAGACAGUCAUGCUCGAUGCUGGCCAACAUCCUGCCUACGAUGGUCUGGCGGCGCUCCCAUUUUUUGACGACUUUGACCUCAGCACCGUAGACGUGCUCCUCAUCAGCCAUUUCCAUAUCGACCAUGCGGCCUCACUGCCCUACGUCUUAGCCAAGACGAAUUUCCGUGGCCGUGUCUUCAUGACGCAUCCCACCAAGGCCAUCUACAAGUGGCUGAUCCAAGACAGCGUGCGGGUCGGCAACACCUCGUCGAAUCCGACAACCCAGCUCGUCUACACUGAGCAGGAUCAUCUCAACACGUUCCCAAUGAUCGAAGCCAUUGACUAUCACACGACCCACACCAUCUCGUCCAUCCGCAUCACCCCCUACCCGGCCGGUCAUGUUCUUGGCGCCGCCAUGUUCCUGAUCGAGAUUGCUGGCCUCAACAUCCUCUUCACUGGCGACUACUCUCGGGAGCAAGACCGGCAUCUGGUGUCGGCCGAAGUGCCCAAAGGCGUCAGGGUCGACGUGCUCAUUACCGAGUCGACCUACGGUAUCGCAUCUCACGUCCCCCGACUGGAGAGAGAGCAGGCGUUGAUGAAGUCGAUCACCGGCGUCCUGAACCGUGGCGGUCGGGUGCUCAUGCCCGUGUUUGCUCUAGGUCGUGCCCAAGAGCUGCUGCUCAUUCUCGACGAGUAUUGGGGCAAACACAGGGACUACCAGAGAUACCCCAUUUACUACGCCAGCAACCUCGCCCGCAAGUGCAUGCUGGUGUACCAGACAUACGUGGGCGCCAUGAACGACAACAUCAAGCGGCUGUUUCGUGAACGCAUGGCCGAGGCCGAGGCGUCCGGCGACGGCGCCGGCAAGGGCGGGCCCUGGGAUUUCAAGUUCAUCCGCUCACUCAAGAGUAUUGAUCGUUUCGAAGAUGUCGGCGGCUGCGUCAUGCUUGCUAGCCCUGGUAUGCUGCAAAAUGGCGUGAGCCGAGAGCUGCUUGAGAGGUGGGCGCCCAGCGAGAAGAACGGCGUCAUUAUAACGGGUUAUAGCGUUGAGGGCACAAUGGCCAAGCAGAUUAUGCAAGAGCCCGAACAGAUCCAGGCGGUCAUGACAAGGAGCUCCGCCGGAGGGAGGCGGGCCCCUGGUGGUGAUUCCGAAAAGGUCAUGAUCCCGCGUCGCUGCACAGUUCAAGAAUAUUCGUUUGCCGCCCACGUUGAUGGCACCGAGAAUAGGGAGUUUAUUGAGGAGGUCUCCGCUCCGGUGGUGAUUCUUGUUCACGGCGAGGUACACAACAUGAUGCGCCUGAAAUCAAAGCUGCUAUCCCUCAAUGCGAACAAGACGGACAAGGUAAAAGUGUUCAGCCCACGCAAUUGCGAAGAGCUCCGCAUCCCUUUCAAGACAGACAAGACGGCCAAGGUUGUCGGCAAAUUAGCAUCGAUCCCACAACCCAUGAAGAUAGCCGCGGACGACUCGGAAGAACCACAGCUUAUCACUGGCGUGCUGGUCCAAAACGACUUCAAGAUGUCACUGAUGGCGCCCGAGGAUCUCCGAGAGUACGCUGGUCUCACAACCACCACCAUUGCUUGCAAGCAGCGACUCAAGCUGAGCGCGGCGGGGGUUGACUUGAUCAAAUGGGGCCUCGAGGGCACUUUUGGCAGCAUCGAGGAGCUGCCGGAGGCAAAACAACCCCAGAAGAACGGCAAAAAGGGCGACGACGCAGAUAACGACGCGAAGAUGGAGGACGCAGACGAAGAAUUCCCCAUCGACCAAGUCGUCGCCGCCUACCUAGUCAUGGGCUGUGUGACGGUCCGUUACCGCAUCAGCGGCGAGGUGGAACUUGAAUGGGAGGGUAACAUGCUCAACGAUGGCAUCGCCGACGCCGUCAUGGCUGUUCUCCUCGGCAUCGAAAGCAGUCCUGCUGCAGUUAAGCGUUCCGCAAGCAAACACUCCCACACCCACGGGCAGGACUCCGCCGACGGCGACAUCAUCACCCUCCCUCAUCGCAACCUGCACGCCACGCUCUCCCCCGAAGAACGCCUCGAGCGCCUCAUGAUGUUCCUCGAAGCGCAAUUCGGCGCCGACAACGUCUCCCCCAUCGCCGAGCCCAAGCUCCCACCACUCUCCCCCGCAGCCGAAAACCCCAACCCCAACCCCAACACCAACACCAACGACGGCGGCUCCUCAAUGGACGUCUCCUCGGCCUCGUCCGACGACGAAAACAGCAACGAAAACAACGAGAAGCGCGAGGCGCAGCGCCAGCAGGCCGAGCUGGCGCGGCUGCACAAGUUGGGGAUCCCCGUGCCCGGGGUGCGCGUCAAGGUCGACAAGAUGGAGGCGCGCGUGUGGUUGGAGGCGCUCGAGGUGGAGUGCGGGAACCGUGUGUUUGCGGACCGUGUGCGUGCGGUGGUGGAGCGGGCUGUGGAGGUUACCGCGCCGCUUUGGGGGUGA